CUAACCAAGUGUGAAAUAUUUUGUUUUGUUUGUCUGCCGUGUGGUGUAUAUAAAUAGCCGGGUAUUUGUGAUGAACGCCAGAAAGUUAUCGCAAUUUCGUUCGCAUUCACAGCAAGAGAAACAAAAUAACGAUAAGUCAAAGAAGAAUAAUAACAAGAAUCGCAAGAAUUGUUUAAUUAAUUGCAAAUCCAGUGAUAAUAAUACUGACAACUCGUCCACCACUUCAGCCAAACCCAGCAAAUUGUACGAGAAGUACAUUCAAUUCAAAUUGUGCUCAAAGUAAUUGAAGUUUACAAACUGUAAUCAAACUCAAUUGACUAAUUUUAUAUCACAAUCGUAAUAACAAAUUAAUAAUUUGGACUGAACUGUUCUCGGCCUUUUUAAAAUUAAAAUAUAAAUAUUUAAUCACUAUGAAAAUCACAAUGAAUCUAAACAUUUUGUGCUUGGUGACUGUCACGCUGAUGAUUGUGAGCUCAACCAAUGCCACAAAACAGUCUAAUGGUAUUGAAUGUGACCCGAAAACAAUGGACGAAACGACCAGGUGGCUAUUCUUUCUCAAUGACCCCCUACGCAAUAUACCUGAGACGGAAACCGAGCGAUCUCAAUUUUGUCUCGAGAAGAAUCAAAAAGAGCAUUACGUGAAGCAAUACGCCAAGCGGUGCCUAAAGGCGUUCCCCUAUCAGGUGACCACGUUGUUGAUGUACGGCGUGAUCCGUAAAAACAAGUACUACUGUAACUUUAAUCGGGGUAAAAAGGACAUCGUCUCGAUGGCCAAGUGUCUGAACGCUAUUAAACCCCAGGCCACUCAAUGUAUGAACAAGCUCAUCGACGAGGCUAUGGUCACUGUUAACGCACCCACCAAGCUUAAAAUUGGGCUCAUUUGCUGCAAUUAUUACAAGUUUGAAGAGUGUGUAUCGCACGAGGCAUCGGAAAGCACCUCGCCAGAUUGUCGGGAAAACAGCGUGGUACUUAUCGAUGAGCUCCUGGAAGGCUACACCGGGCAAAUGAUAGGUCAUAUUUGUACCCAGUACCGUCGGGACACUGAUCAAUGUCAAAAGAUCCUACGGGUACCCAAAACAUGGACCCGGGACAUCACCAAUCAAACACGAUACAAAUCAAUUUUGCCCCCGUUCAUUGACAUUCUGGAAAGCAUACCUGCCCGCCGAUAA